AUGGCAGACAUGGUGCAACUACCUUCUGGCUGUCAAGUCUGUGGCCAGAAGGAGGGUCUUCUUCAAUGCUCUGGCUGUAAGGUGGUGUCAUACUGUGGCCGUGAUCACCAAGUCGCAGAUCGCCCAUUGCACAAAUCUGCAUGCAGCGCCAUCAGAAAAGCGCGCGUCAAGAUGGAGCACGAGGAGCAAAUCUUGCGGACUCACCCGGGAGACUUCACGAUGGAGGCAGAUCCCUUUACCAACAGCGUCGGGCACUUCUGGAGCAUUUACGACACUCGCGACUAUAUGCGUUCGCGAUUUGCACUAGUCGAUCACAUGGGCGAGAUCCAGAAUGUCCAAUCUGUUCAGGCACAGCUGGACCAUUUUAUGGAUAUGUUGCGCCUGUGCCGUGGUGACAAUAUGGGUGUGCGACAUCUCGUGCCUGGACUCAUGCUCCGUCUGCACAAGGAUCAGGAAUGCUACGACUUUAUCAAAUGGUGGGCCGUCGUCAAUAAAAAUUCGCAGUACGACUGGGGAGACACCGAUUUGCCAUACCUAGACAUCAAAAACGCCGAUGUUUUUGAGCCUGUGGAGCAGAUCUGUAGUAGUGAUUUCCCUGAUCUCAGCCACUUGGUCUGCCUGGCCCUCUUGAAAAUCAAGCUCCUUUUUGAACUCCUGAGAUUGCAGGAGUCGACUUCGAGUCUGGGACCAACUGUGCCUCGCGAACUCCUCGAUCUCAUCCAGUCAUCGAUCCCUCAGAGCACCGUCAUUCGUGCAUCUCACGAGAUCAUUACCGGUGAUAGCGAUACCCGCCGAGCCCUGAUUGAAAAGUUGAAGAAGCAGAUUGAUGUUGUAUUCGACGCAGUCCAGAAGGCUAAUAAGCAUUUCUGGCCCGGUCUUAUCGAUCCUGAUGAUUAUUUGAAAGGGAUGCCUGCCGCGUACUCGAGGGGUAGCGUGGAGGAAGUGAAAUUGGUCUUGCGUUGGAACUACGAGGCCUGGGAGGAGACGCCUGGGGCUAUUGGCUGGAUCGAGUCACAACUUGAAGAUGAUCUUUAA